AUGUGGUGGUAUGAUCUUCUCGCAAUUUUCUCGCUUCAAGCUAUAGCUCUGCUCGAUGCUUGUCCAACGAAGUGUCAAUGCAUCGGUCAAGCUCGCGUAUCGGUUUACUGCGACUUUCGGGGACUAGAGGAAGUGCCAAGUAACAUUCCAGUAGCCACAACAUACUUGGAUUUCUCAGGGAAUAAAUUCACAAAAGUGGUUCCGGAAAUGUUUCUUGGCCACGCAAAUGACAGCGACGGCGUAUUCUUUGCACAAAAAGUCCCUCUUGAGCAGCUUGAAGUGAUACGACUUGAUCUGAAUCCCUUAGAUACUGUGAGCGAACACGCCUUGGAUACGACUCCGUCAUUGGAAUUUAUCUAUUUACCAUUUGAUAUAAAAAUUCAACGCCAAGCUUUUGUCCAGAUGAAAACGGAUAAAUUGACAUUUGACGGCUACAAUCGUGUUGUGCAUCACCCGCUAGAAAAUCCUCACUUUGUCGCUUUUUCUCGAGAUGCUACAUAA